CUCACAAAUGCCUAGAUAAUGAUACUUGUGCAUUCAUCUAUUUAUUAGUAGAUUUAAGUUUUUUUUUUACCAAAUUUAAAAAAUAAAAAAUAAAAAAAACUUGUAAAAAACAAACUUGAGUUUGUUUUUUGUUGUUGUUGAAAGUUCUGUCGUCAAGUAAGAUGAAAUAGCCAAUCAUAAAACUAUAAAUGAGUAAGUAGUAUUGAUCACAUGUUAAACAGUACUCAAGGUUAAUAUUAAAAUGAAAAUUAAUUAUGAACAAAAGGAUUAUUAAUAUAAUAAGAAUUUGGUUUAGCUACUAUAUUACAGUUAUUUGAUAAAAGAUAUGGCAUUAAUAGAAGAUUGGCCAAUAGUUGUAGAUAAUGGAGCUGGACAUUUAAAAGCUGGUUAUGCUGGAGAUGGUGGACCGAGAAUUCUUAUUCCAAUGUUAAUAGGUAGACCAACAAAACGUUCAAAAUAUACAGAUUGGUUUGUUGGUGAACAUGCAAAUGUUCUCCGAAAUGAACUGAUUCUUAAUUGCCCUAUUUCCAAUGGAAUUGUAACGGAUAUUGACGGGUUGUCAUUAGUUUGGUAUUAUAUGUUUAUGAAGGAACUACGUACAAAUCCGGAAAAUCAUCCAGUUCUUAUUAGUGAAUAUCCUUUAUUGCCUAAAUUUAAUAGAGAAAAAUUAGCAGAAAUGGUUUUUGAGAAAUUUCAUAUGCCUGGUUUAUUCUUCACAGAUCAAUCUGCACUUGCUCUAUACGCGUAUGGGCUUACAUCAGGUUUAGUUGUUGAUGUCGGUACAGAAAUGUCUAAUAUCACACCGGUCAAUAAUACAAUUUUUAUACCGAAUGCUUUAAGGCGUCAAAAUUUGGGUGGAUCACAUGUAACUGAAUUAUUUCGAUAUAUGCUAGCGGAAGAACAUCCUAUUGCAGCCACAUCCAUUUCACGUGAUUUUGCACGACUUUUAAAAGAAAAAUUUUGUUUUAUUUCAUUAAAUCCAGAUGAUGAAAGAAAGCAAUUGAAUUCUAUCUCAAAUACACAAAAUGUACAUCAAACACCAGAUGGUCAUAUUAUACGUUUAACUAAAGAAAGAUUUAUGGCACCUGAAUUAUUAUUUUAUCCAAGACAAUCAGGUUUAAAUGGUACAACUGGACUACAAAAUAUCAUUCAUGAUUCUAUUCAAAAAUGUCCUACUGAUUUACAUCCAACAUUAUAUUCAAACAUUGUAUUAAGUGGAGGUAGUACAUUAUUUCCUGGAUUUUCACAACGUUUAGAAAAUGAAUUAAAAAAGUUGAAUUCACCAUUAAAUCAAAGAAUAUUUAUACAUAAAAAACAAAAUGAUCAAAAAUAUGCUGUAUGGAUUGGUGGUUCCAUUCUAGCCUCAUUAAGUUCAUUUAAAGAAAUAUAUAUACAGAAAAAGGAAUAUGAUGAAUUUGGUACAAGAGUUGUGCAUACAAGAUAAAAAAACCAUAUUGUAACCAUCAAAAUCAAUCAACGUAAAUUUGAAUUUAUUUUUUUAAAAAAAAAAAAAAAAAAAAAACUACAAUCAAAGUUUAUAAAGAUUUAAGGGAAAUAUGCAUUUUAUUGAUUGAACAUCCCCCCCCCCAAACAAACACGUACCAAUCCCCCAUUCUACAUACUUGAAUAUUCAUCACUAUCUUAAUGACAAAUUAUUCAGGUAAAUGUCAUACGUAAUGAAAAUGUUCCUUUUUUUUAAUAUAUUUUAUGUAUCUAUCCCCCCCCCCUAUUUAUUAAUUUUACAGAUUAUGUAUAAAUUAUUUUUUAAUAAUGAAGACAGUUACAAACAAGAUGAAAUUGAUGUAUAUUUAUUUUUUUAUAAUAAAAUUAUCAUAGAUAAUUCAAUUUUAG